UCAAAUUGUGGACUUUAUCGCUGACGUCAAUGAUAUUCGUUUUGGUCGUUGGUCGAUAGUAUGACGUCAUUUAACAAUCCCUCCUUACUACGUCACAAACGAGGUAUGGGUAAGCGAUGUACAUUCACAGCAGAAGGGGGAACAGCAUCGGCCUUGUCGCCGGUAGCUGUGAUGCGAUUUUCCGGGUAUGUGCUGUGCAACUGUUGGGGAUUGUUUCUGUUAUCUUCCCUGACUUACAUGUUUCCCCCCAGAACCAUUGAGAAAGACGUAGAAGUUGUUUGUGUCACGGUCGAAACGGAUAAUGGAAUCUCGCUGAUGUCGUAUGUGUGCUGGUGACUUCAAUACAAUUCAGUAAUGGCGAAUACAGCAAGAUACGGCAGCCAUCGCCUAUCAUCGCCUAUCACAAAAGUCUGUUGUGUUACAGUAUCGAGUUGCUACUAUUAAUUUGUUCAGUUCUGACUCCAACGAAUCGGUAUACAUCGGUUAGUGAUUUUAGAUGUGACGAUAGGUCUUCCAAAGCAUAUAGCACAAUGACGACGGAAAAAAAAGGACCAGGUAUUGGACCGGUGGCUUCGAUGGCACCACCCGUUCCAGAUCUCAGCCAUUUGACAGAGGAAGAAAGGAGAAUAAUAGAAUCCGUUAUGGCCAGACAGAAAGAGGAAGAGGAUAAAGAAAUGGAAAUACUCAGGAAAAAACAAGAUGAAGUAAGACUUCUGGAAACAUCAAUUCAAAAAAGAAGCCAGGAAAAACAAAAGAUUGGUCCCGAACAGUUAGAUGCCACAUGCCAAAUAUGUUUAAAAACAAAAUUUGCUGAUGGUAUUGGACAUAUCUGUAAUUAUUGCCAAGUGCGUUGUUGUGCCAGAUGUGGUGGAAAAGUAACUUUAAGAUCUAAUAAGGUAAUAUGGGUAUGUAUUGUUUGUCGAAAAAAACAAGAACUGUUAAUCAAAACGGGACAAUGGGUUCAUAGUGGAAUGGCUGGUAAACCUUCAUUAGUUCAACAAAUGGAACUAGAUGUUGGUCUUGGGAAUGAAUCCAUUUCCAUGAGUCCAACAGUUGAUAAACGACCAAAAUUAGAACAUAGACAUAGUGCUGAAAAAGAGAAUAUUCACCAACAGCAUUCUGGUCUUGUACCUGGUAUGCCAUUUACAGCUAGAAGGGGUUCACUACAGAAAACAAGCAGUUCAGCAGCAAAAGAGUUAAAAAGACAGUUUUCUCAAGAACGUGAUAGGGAACUUAGGCCAUUAACAUCUGAACUUCCUUUGAGGGGAGAAAGGACAGAACAUAUAAUGUUUGAAAAAAGUAAUGAAAGACAGAUUCAUUCUGGUAGUAGAACACAUCCAUCAUCUGAAAGAGGGUCACCUGAUAUAAGAUUUAGGAGAGCAGCAUCUGAUGAAGGCCCACGUGAAGAAAUAAGGCAUUACAGAGAAAAUGAAAGAGGACGCACCAUUCCAAGAGAAGGUGCUCGAUCUAGAGAACCUUCUCCUGAUCUCCAUCAUAGAAGAGAUUAUGAUCAUGAGGUUGAAAGGAGCAGAGGCCAUAUUUCAGAAAGAGAACUCAUCAGAGAUGGAAGGGAAAGAAGUCGAGAACCUAGAGAGUCAUCUAGUGAAAGGCAUAGAUCCCAACAGAGAAGUAAUCGUGAAUACCUCAGAGAUGAUUAUUCUAGGGACGAUCGACGUAGAGAUGAUGUUAAACAUAGAGAAAGUAUGAGAGAUUUAUCAAGACCUGUGGACCGUCUAAGAAAUGAUACAAUCCAAAGGAGGGAGUCUUCUGUUGACAGAAGGCAUGGUAGAGAAAGUGGUCAUCAUGAAAUGAUUGAAAGGCAUUUGGAUUAUUCUCAUGAUAUGGAAUCUUAUCCAUAUAGAGAACCAGCACAUGUGAGUGGUCGGCUUAGCAGGCAAGAAGAACAAAGAGACUUAAUUCAUCGACAUAAAGUGCCUAGUGGUAUUGAUCGGGAUAUAUAUGAAACUCAUGUGGAAAUUAUAGGUCAUGAUGAUCCACAUUACAGGAUAACACCUUUGAGAGAAGUGAGCAGGCGAAACCAUCUUGAUCCUAAUUCUGCUGUCUCUGUCAUUGUUGAUAGAGGACAUAACAGUCGAAGAAAAGUAGAGUCAGUAGUAAGAAAUGAUUCAUUAAGUUCUGAUCAAUCUGAAUGUGUAAGACCACCACCACCAAAGCCUCAUAAAAACAAGAGAGGUAAGAAAUUACGUCAGAGGUCACUAAGUAGUUCUGAUGAUGAAAUAAGAUCAACACCUGAAUGUUCCAGCUGUGAAGAACCAGAAAUUGAGAGUGAGAGUGUCAGUGAGAAAGGAGAGGAAGUUUUAGGCCAAACUUGGAAAAAAGAAGAAAUACUUGAUGCCAAAAUUAAGAAGUUCCUUGCACACCCAGUAUCCUGGCAGCCUUCAGCUGAUGGAACAAAAAUGAUUGGGCACAUGAUUUUAAAGAAGACUGUUAAAGAAGGUAUAAGAGGUGGAUCUUCAGCUGCCAUUUUAGGAUUAAAAGUAGUUGGGGGGAAAAUGAUGGAAACUGGUCGUCUUAGUGCAGUUAUUGAGAAGGUAAAGAAAGGAAGCAUUGCCGAUACAGUUGGACAUUUGAGACCAGGCGAUGAAGUUGUUGAAUGGAAUGGACGCUCAUUGCAAAAUAAGACAAGGGAGGAUGUAUCUGAAAUAAUUUUAGAAUCUAGACAAGAACCUCAAGUAGAAUUAAUUGUAUCUCGUCCUUUAAGGACUUGCUACUUUCUGCGAUUUGUCCUUGUAAAACUUUGGUAUGACAUUCAAGCUUUACAAUUAGUUGUAACAAUUGUAUGUGCCACCGAAUUGCCAUUUGAUAGAAAUCGACCGCAACGUAAUCCAUAUGUUAAAAUGUUUUUAUUGCCAGACAGGAGUGAAAAAAGUAAAAGAAGAACAAAAACUAUUGCCAAUACUAAUGAGCCAAAAUGGAAUCAAACAUUUGUUUAUUCUCCGUUAAGGCGUUCAGAUUUAAAGACAAGAGCUUUGGAAAUAACUGUGUGGGACUAUGAUAGAUAUGGUGCUAAUGAUUUUCUUGGAGAAGUAAGUAGGUGUGAUAUUUUUAUGUUUAUCUUUCUUAAAUGGACUGCUAGUCUCGACAAAAAUUGCAACAAAUCUUCAUCACCAUGUGGACAUCCCCUACUUCAGAGAAGGCAGAAUAUGUUCCUAGAUACUGAAGCCGCCAGUUCAAUCACAUCCACAGAUCAUUUGUCUCCACCUUCCACUAUUUCCCGCCUCUCAGAUAGUGACAUAUCAGAAUUUGAUUUUGAUUCUAGAUUGCCAGGAACAGAUGCUGCCAGCUUGAGUUCUGUUGCUAGUAGCCCUACUCUGGUAGCUGAAGAGGUGGGUAAGAUAAUAGAGAGACGAUCACGACGAGACAUGUGGCCGGAAGAUCAUUCUCAUUCAGAUCUGUGUACAGAUUCUAGAUUGCCAGGAACAGAUGCUGCCAGCUUGAGUUCUGUUGCUAGUAGCCCUACUCUGGUAGCUGAAGAGGUGGGUAAGAUAAUAGAGAGACGAUCACGACGAGACAUGUGGCCGGAAGAUCAUUCUCAUUCAGUUUCAAGAGAAGAUAUGAUUUAUGGACAUACUACAAGAAGAGAAAGUACUAUUCCUGUUGAUGAAAUAAUGUCACGUGGUCGGUCAAGAUCAACGGUUGCAGGUGAAAUGAGAAUGUCUAGAACAAGAUCACCUAGGCGAAUGCCAGAAUCCACAUCCCGCUCACUUUCACCUCCUGAAUUAAGACCCCGCUCCCCUAUAACAACGAUUAGUAAUAGGAGGUCUGCACAUCCCCAUUCAGUUGGAGGUACUCCAAGUCCCAAAAAACGGCAGUUACCUCAGAUACCACUUCGUCGAGCUAGCAGGGAUCAAAUGACUUUAGAUUUAGAAGAACGUGCUCGUCAAUUAAAGAUGAGAAUGCAGAUGCAAAAACGUCAUGAUGCAAUGACACCCGUAGGCAUUUAUUCUGACAGUGAAAUUACAUCCAGACAUGGAUUUGAAAAGCAAUUUCAUGUUCAUAUGCAUAGAGGAAAUAGAGCUUUACCUGUAAAUUCAGUGAAUAGUCGUAAUGGAGGUACUCACAACGUGCCACCAUCUAUAAUAAGUCCAGAGAAAGAAGUGAAUGUUACUGUUGGUAUUGAAAGUGAUGGUUCAGAGACCAGCUCAGUCUCCAAAUUCAGCAUCACUAGUGCCUUUUCUACCCAGUCUGAACGUCCUACAGGUAGUAGAACACUGAGUGAAUUCACAUCCCGGAUGCAGGGAUAUGGGCCUGUACACCCACCUCGACCAUCUCAUGGUCCUAUGGAUCAUAGCUUGAGUAGCAGUGAUGGUAAGGUGGAUGGUAGCCUAUCAGACACUGCCAUUGGUUCUGUAACUGAAAAAGACAAUGGUGAGAAACAUCACAGGUCAACAAGAAAUGUUGGAGGAGGAAGAAUUACUCAGUUUGGAGGGCUUUCAAAACGUAGUAGCAGUACUUCUCAACUCAGUGUAACUGGUCAUAAAAAGCGUUUAGGUUUCCGUCGUAAGCGAUCAUCAACUUUCAGUGUUCAUCGUAGUGAAGAAGUGGCUCCCCAAGAAUGUCGCCAUCUUGUUAAACAAGCCAGUAGCAUAUCAUCUGAUGGAGAGGGGAGCUUAAGUGGGGACAGUUCGACGUAAGUCUUGCCCCUGCCUCUCCAAUUAUCAAGAGGCAAUUUUAAUGUGCAGGCUUAUGAUCCAUUCUUGGAAUCCAUUUUAGAAAUUAUAAAAAUGCCAGCCUUCAAUUUUUUUUAUUUUUAUAUAUUAUUAUUAUUAUUAAAUAUUUAAUCAAUUUAAAAUGCAUUGUUGUAAUAAAAAAAUUUAAGACAAUUUAUAAAUAUCAACAAUUGAAUGCUGGUAAUUGUAAUUUACCUUGAAAUUUCAUGCAGUUAAUGGGGAUUAUAUUAUGUGGCCUAAUAUGGGACAUGAUAUGCUCCACUGAUUGUAUAACAUAACUGUUGUAAUUAAUUGAAGAAAUUAUUUUUUUAUCAGUUGAGCAAUAAAUCAAUCAUUCUCAAUAAUAUCCCAUUAUGGUCACAUUUCUUGUAUGUUGAAUAGAUGUUUUUCUUUAUAUUCAUGUUUCCAUUCUUAUUAGUUUAUUUUUCUCCCUUGAUACCUUUAACGUAUUCCUGUAUCCCUUUAUAUUUCUAUCUAUUGUAAACUUUCCUGAAACUUUUUUAGUAAUGGCUGUUUGCUUCUAUUACUGCUGCAUCUUCCAUUUUCACCUCAAAUUUUUCUCUGCAUGUAGCAUCACUUUGAUAUCUAAUCUUCAUGCAUAUUUUAAAAAGUUAAUCUUGUUUUAUUCUUUUGUAUUCAUGUACUAGCCUUCUGCCAGGUUGCAAAUUGGAUUCUUGUUUGCAACAUAAAUAUUUCAUUACAUGCUGCUUUCCCAAUCUCUAUUGUUAUUGCCUUAUGCACAAGUGUCAACUAUUGUCUCUUCCUAACCCCAUAAAGACCAAUGCUGCAGUUGUCAAUGCAGAUGUUAAGCAGUGCUUGGUUUCUAUUUCCUUUGUUCUUGCAGAGGGCUGGGAUAAGAAAGCUAGUGAUAGGCGCAUUCAGCGUAGCGAAGAGGUUUAUCCCCCUUCCCAAAAUACACAUUUAAUCAAACAGACCAGCAAGGAAUCCACGGAUGGUAGCAUGAACAGUAUUA